GCGGUGUGAUAUUUCAGAGUCUGAAAGCAGUAAGCAAAGCAGCAACGAUCAACAAUAAUACUGAUUCACAGUCCAACAGAUGUUUAAAAACCAGCAUACAUGAUCAAACAAAGGCGUUAUUUCAAAGAGGAUUUGUAAGGCAAAGGUCUUUCCUGAGUGUAAAGAUAUUCCAAGUUCUCACAGUGAUGUUCCCCUUUGAAAAGAAGAUCUAAACUUCUAAAACUUUUCAGAGGUACUUCUUCAGGUACUUUUCAGAGAAGAUGGAGGGAGAGGAGAUGCAGGGGAUAAACUAACGUAACUUGAGCAGCUGUGGAGGACUUGAGUCUGUUUUUUGUCAGAGCAGUGGAGCAGUAUUGGCCUGUUGACACUGGAAAGCCCAGAAGCAGUCAGCGAUUUAGUUCUUGACUAAACAAAUUAAUUGCCGUGAGGAAGAAGAAGCCCUGAAACUUUCUGCAGCCGCUGUGGCUCUGGGGUGCUUGUUAGAAUGGUAGAAUAUCCCGAAUUGGAAGGGACCCACAAGGAUCAUCGAGUCCAACUCCUAGCUCCACACAGGACCAAAAAUCAGACCCUGUGUCUGAGAGCGUUGUCCAAACACUUCUUGAACUCCGGCAGGCUCAGUGCCAUGACUGUCACCCUAGGGAGCCUGUUCCAGUGCCCGACUGCCCUCUUGGUGAAGAACCUUUUCCUAACGUCCAGCCUGACCCUCCCCUGGUGCAGCUCUGUGCUGUUCCCUCGGCUCAAUGGUCACCGGAGAGAAAAGAUCUUGUUUGAGGAGGGUGUGGGGUGCUGAGGCUGGGCCUGUGAGGAGCAGCCGGUCGUGUCCGGAGUGAAUUGGGCAGGAAAUUCAGUGGGUGAGCAUCUUGCUGCUGACAGACGUGGGUCUCCUGGAGGAGUGGCAACAGGCAGAGGAGGUGCUGGAGCGUGGCUCCUGGAAAAUAGAGGGUGACUGGAAGGAGCGGGAGUUCUUCAUUUAAUAUGCAAAUAACCCACAGUCCCUGUGUAGCUGCCUGGCAGGAGUUUCUCGCAUGUGCUUCUGCCACAAUGUAAAUCACCGCCAAGGACAUCUGCCCCAGUCUUGGACCUACAUUAGAGCUCUGUGAUGUUGACUUCAAACAAAUGCAUUUGGGAAAACUCCUGCCUCAGUUUCCCUUUUCUCUGCUGCUGAACAAAUAUUUUGGAACUGACAGGCCUCAGCGGGCUGGCCCGGUGCUAUGAGAUGCUCCCCGAAGCGCUCCCUCACUGCUGCGCUCGCAGCCUUCGUCGUCCUCCUCCUCUUCCUCCUCCUGCGUAGGGACAGCUGGCAGGAGCAGGAGCCCCUCGAGGUGGAGUUUACGGACCUACCCCCAGACACCGCCCUGCAGAUGCUGAAGCCAGAAGGGGCCCUGCACAUCCUCCAGGACCUAGACAACCUCUCUGCGCCCCACAACGUCUCCUACCACCUUCUCGCUGGCUCCCUGUCACCCCGCAAAAAGUUCUUGGCGGUGGGGCUGGCGUCAGUGCGGCGGCCACGCGGCUACUACCUCCCGGCCACGCUCAUGUCCCUCUUCAAGCAGUCAACAAAGGAGGAGCUGCAGGAGAUGGUGGUGGUGGUGCACCUGGCUGACAAGGACCCUGGCUGGAAUGCCCGGGUGGCCGCCGACAUCACCCGCAAGUUUGCUCACCACAUCCUCCUGGGCCGGCUCCUGCUGAUCCACGCUCCCCAGGAGUUUUACCCCACCCUGGAGGGCCUCAAGAGAAACUACAACGACCCGGAGGAGCGGGUGAAGUUCAGGUCGAAGCAGAAUGUGGAUUACGCGUUCCUUCUGGCCUUCGCCGCCAACCUGUCCUCCUACUACUUGAUGAUUGAGGAUGACGUGUGGUCUGCCAAGUCCUUCUUCACGGCCAUCCGCAAGGCGGUGGCCUCCCAGGAAGGCACGAACUGGGCCACCCUCGAGUUCUCCAAGCUGGGCUACAUCGGUAAGCUCUACCGCUCCAGUGACCUUCCUCGCCUGGCUCGCUUCCUCCUCCUCUUCUACCAGGAGAUGCCCUGUGACUGGCUGCUGGUCCAUUUCCGCCUCCUGCUCACCCAGAAGGACGUCAUCCGCUUCAGGCCCUCCCUCUUCCAGCACAUGGGCCUCUACUCCUCCUUCCAGGGCACCGUCAACCGGCUGGAGGACGACGAGUUCGAGGCCGACGCCAUGGACCUCCCAGACAACCCGCCCGCAGCCUUGUUCACCAGCAUGACCGUCUUUGAGAACUACGAGCCCCUCAAGGCUUACAGCGCAGCAGGGGGUUACUUUUGGGGGAAAAGCCCGGGAGAUGGCAGCAUCUUCUGCAUCGUCUUCCAACAGCCAGCCCGCAUCACCCGUGUGCGGGUGCGGACGGGCUCCAGUGAGCGCCAGGGGGACUUCUUGCGCGCAGGGGUGCUGGAGCUGGGCCGGAGGCGACGGGCCGACGGCCGGGACUGCUCUGCCUACAUCACCGUGGGCACCUUCGAGAAGGGGCUCUUUGAGCGGCGGGGGCUGGAGAAAGGAGUGCCCAGCCCCGUGGAGUGCGUGCGGAUCCGGGUAACCAAGGGCCAGAGCGAGUGGCUCAUCAUCCAGAGCAUCGACAUCUGGACCGCGGCAGACACCUGACCGCGGGGCGCUGAGGCGAUCGGAUUUUUGCACUACGAGGAGCUUUAUUUUUCUCAGCCCCUUUUCGGAUGGGGAAUUAAAUUAUUCAGUCCUGCC